AUGGCAAAAGUAAUAUCCCUAUAUAAAAAAGGUGAUCAUCAAUGUAUGGGUAACUAUAGGCCUGUGUUGCUACUGUCAGGGUUUUCGAAAAUUAUUGAGAAAGUGUUCCUUUCAAAACUAACUACAAUCUUCGACAAGAAUAAUAUUAUUUCUGGAUGUCAACAUGGCUUCAGACCACAGCAAUCAAUUGAAACAGCCAUUUUCAAUCUGAUAAACCAUGUCUUAAAUGCAGUGGACAUCCACAGAUAUACCUCAGGUUUAUUCUUGGACCUAACAAAAGCUUUUGAUGUGACUGAUCAUUCUUUGCGCCUGAGGAAGCUUGAACAGUAG